AUGCCUAGCAUGUGGCUCACAGAUGUGCAGAAAAUCGGGGUCGCCUUCUGCUCCGGAGGUGGAUUGUUCCUGGCAGGCGGUGUCCUCAUGUUCUUUGAUCGGUCUAUGCUAGCGAUGGGCAACAUACUCUUCCUCAUUGGCCUCACGCUCAUUAUCGGGAUCCAGAAGACGAUCAUAUUCUUUGCGAGGCGCCAGAAACUCAAGGGAACAGCGGCCUUCAUGGCCGGCAUCCUUCUCAUCCUUAUCCGCUGGCCACUGACUGGGUUCCUGGUUGAGCUCUACGGCAUAUUCGUCCUAUUUGGAGACUUCUUUGCAACAAUCGCGUCUUUUGCCGGCAACAUCCCUAUCGUGGGUCCAUAUAUUCAAAUGUUCUUGCAGAAGAUAUCAUCUGGAAGAAGGAAUGCAGAGUUACCAGUAUGA